UAAGGUGGUGUUCUUGUAUCAGGCCGGUCGUUUGAAAUCUGUCGGACAACAACCUGAAGGCAAAGUCGUGUAACAUGUAUGAUGUAGCUAAAACGUUAAGUUUAUUUUAAUUAAGGAUGAUGUGGUUAACCAGGAGAUUUCUGUCGUCGAUCGCUCAUAGAAGCUCUGCAGGUCGGUAUGGAGGACAGCCUGGCUUGUUCCGUCGCCCUCAAUACUGCUCUCUCCCCGAGCUGGAGCCUCGGUAUCUCCAGUGCACGUGUUGCUGGCGGAGCCGGGUUCCCGUGGCAGGGACCCUGGACUUUGAGACCCUGGACUCCACCCUGACCUCCACUUCUACAGCCUGCAAAGACGACAGCAGACUGCUGGAUGACUGCUACACUUCAGAGCAGCGAGACGCCAUCCUCCAGCUGCUCAACACCGCCACACUGUCAGAGCUUGCUGGCGUCAAGCUCCUCAGAGGCCGCAAGUCGCUCAACAUUGUUGAGUACAGGACUAAAAACGGACCCUUUAAAACUUUGGAGAGUGUGGUGAACGUACCGCUGCUGAAACACAAAAGUGCAGUGACGGUUUUCAACUCUAUUCUCAACCCGGUGAAGAAGGAGAGGAAAGCGAGGAUUCAGUUGGUGAAAUUUAUCAGGCCAGAGGUUGACAGGUCUUGGUUGGAGGAUGCCAGUUCCAUUGUGUCAAUAGUUUGUGGGACUAAUAAAAUCGCCUGGACUCAUGUGGACCGUGGAAUGACGGUGCUGGACUGGCAACAGCUGGAAUGUCCAAAUUUCUUGAAGGGAAUAUACAUGGCUUCUGCUUACUUGAAUGAUGUUUCCACAGUUGUGUCACUCCUCCCACCAGCUGAUUUCUAUAUAAUAGAGAAGUCCUCCAUCUCAGUCCAGAACACGGCUCUGUUCCCUGUCAUGGCACACAUGAGGACCGUGGAGGCCAUGCUGUUCGCUCUGCUUGAGCCGAGAAACCUACCACCCGAGUCCAACCUUCCUCCCAGAGUUUUGAACAUGAUGCGUUCUUGUGUGGGACGUCAUUUUGGACUCAUGGUGGGCGAGUCGCGGACUAGUGGGGCACAGACAGUCCGACAGCUGAUGGCUGAGUCGGUGACACAGAAGCUUCCCCGGAUAAACCUCCCCCCUGAGCUUUUGGUGAAGUACAGGGAUUAUUUCCAGAUGGGCAGCAGAAGAGCAGGGGAGGAACUCUGUGAUGCCCUGCUGCAGGCUGUGGCUUUUUUUGAGCUGCUCAGUGAAUCUUCUGGUUAGCUGCUGCAUCGAAAAAUCUGUUGCAGCAGCCAUGCACCACAUCCAUGAAAACAAGCCUCCCGGAGGGGCAUUCUUAGCCCUUUUGGACUUUUACCACACGUUUUACCUCUAGGACUCAUUUGAUGGUGGUUGAAUAUUCUUACUAUUCGAUAAAAACACUGUCAUGCUGAUUUUUAUGGGCUGCUGAGCAUGACAGAUGCUGUCAUGUUUUGUUAUUCCUGCUGCUUCCUGCUUGUUCUGUUUGGACACUUACAUAAAAGAACAAACACCACAA